AAAAAAUGGUCUGUACUGCCUCUGCGUGCCUCCCCGUAAUAAAUUCUCCCUCCCUUCCUCCUCUCUACUCUCUCUUCGCGCGCCUGCGAUUCUCUCCGCUGGGAUGCAAGAAGAAUCUUUAUCCUUUCUCCAUUUCCGGCAAGCGGCAGGUGUUGGUAGGCAGCCCAAUUCGUGUUGUAGUCUGAAGAAUUCGCUGGCGGUGGUGCAGCUUGGCUUCCUCUGCUUCUUUUUGACGAUCAACUGUCAGGGAACGUAACGUAACUACAUGGUCACAAUUUUGAUGCUGGAGCAAGGCACUCAUGGACCGGACAGACACAUCUGGAUUUGUUACCGGUGGAUCAGACGAUGAGUACCGGUUCUGCGGGUGUCUUCCUGCACCGUGGAAACCAGGCUCUCAUGGAUGAUUCUGCAGUGCCAAUUGGCUUCUCAAUGACGAGCUACACGACAGGUAACCAGUUUCAGAGUCGGAUAACAUUUGGUAUAGACCAACUGGGUUCAGCAGUGAACAAUAGCAGCAGCCAUGGCCGCAGAGGUUUCCAGAGGUGGAUUCAUGCGCCUGCUCAAGAUGAUGGGUGCAGACUAGUCCUCGGGCUGGGUCCGACGCCGGACCCAGACGUUAACUCUCCUGAUCAGCAGCCUGCCGGUGCCGGAGCAGACAAGUCGAGACCACCACCUGUAACUUUGUUUGGCCAGAGCUUCUCCUUCGCUGAUCCGGGGACGCUGAGCCUUGGGAUUCAUCAGGGCCGUAGUACGGGAGCAAAUAAACACUUGGGCGCCGGAACCAUCAUCUCUUUUUCCACUGUGGACGAGGGCUCCACGUCUGCCAGGAGUAGCUCCGGCGGCUACAUGCCAUCGCUGCUCUUUGCUCGUCGGCCAAACUGUUCGACAGCUGAAGAGGAACAGGGUUUGCUAGAUGACACAGACACAGACAACAGUAACGAUGGUACUGAACCUUCGGCAUCCAUGACGGAGGCUUCAUUUGGUGGCGUGAGCUCUGAUGCUGUGACCCUGGUAAGCAACUCUGGACAGCAGGCUCAACGCCGGCACCCCAAGAAGUGCAGGUUCAAAGGGUGCUCCAAGGGCGCGCGAGGCGCGACGGGCCUGUGCAUCGCUCACGGCGGCGGGCAGAGGUGCCAGAAGCCCGGGUGCCACAAGGGCGCCGAGAGCCGCACGGCCUACUGCAAGGCCCACGGCGGGGGGCGCCGGUGCCUGCAGCUCGGCUGCACCAAGAGCGCGGAAGGGAAGACGGACCACUGCAUCGCCCAUGGCGGCGGCCAGCGGUGCGGCUACCCUGACUGCCCUAAAGCCGCGCGUGGCAAGUCCGGGCGGUGCAUCAAGCACGGCGGCGGGAAGAGGUGCUCGGUCGAGGGCUGCAUCAGGAGCGCCGAGGGAAGGGUCGGGCUGUGCAUCUCUCACGGCGGCGGGCGGCGGUGCCAGUUCCCGGACUGCCGCAGGGGAGCGCAGGGCAGCACCCUGUACUGCAAGUCGCACGGCGGCGGGAAGCGCUGCGUCUUCGAGGGGUGCGGCAAGGGCGCCGAAGGCAGCACGCCGCUGUGCAAGGCGCACGGCGGCGGGAAGCGGUGCGUGUAUGAGGGCGGCGGCGUGUGCCCCAAGAGCGUCCACGGCGGCACAGACUUCUGCGUGGCUCACGGCGGCGGGAAGCGGUGCGCGGUGCCUGGGUGCAGCAAGAGCGCGCGCGGCCGCACGGACCGCUGCGUGAAGCACGGCGGUGGCAAGCGGUGCAGGGUGGACGGGUGCGGCAAGAGCGCGCAAGGGAGCACCGAUUGCUGCAAGGCUCACGGUGGCGGGAAGAGGUGCAACUUCGGCGACGGCCAAUGCGAGAAGUUCGCGCGCGGCCGGAGCGGGCUCUGCGCGGCGCACGACACUCUGGUGGCCUCACAGCAGCGCCGCGGUGGCGGCAUGAUCGGGCCGGGCCUCUUCCACGGCAUCGUUCGCUCUGCCAGCGUUGCAAACAUGAACAGCGACUACUCGUCGUCGGGCGUGAGCACGGUGUCCGACUGCGACGGCUCGCCUGAGGCGGCGACGAGGAGGCAGGAGCUGAUCCCUCCCCAGGUGCUGGUCCCCCGGUCCAUGAAAUCUUUGACGGCGGCAACCGUGCAGCCACCGAAGAGGAGCAGAGAAGGAAGGGUAGUCACCGUCCCCGAGGGGAGGGUGCACGGUGGUGGCCUCCUGUCGUUGCUUGGCGGGAGCUUCAUGAACGUCGACAAGCUCUGAAGCAGUCAGCGCUUGGGGCUCGAUUUGACGAUUUCUACCUCUACAACGCUUUUUCUUACCUUAGAAAAAAGUGAGAAAAUGCCACUUUUUCUAUUAGAGCUGUCAGAUUAUUGUCUGUGCAUAAAAAUAUUUUCUCGUCUACAGAUCGAACUUGUAUGGUGAAAUUUAGGGUAAUUUUGUUUCCCUUGUGCCAUCAAGGGUGAACACAUGAAUUUGUCAUGUCUUAUGUGUUGAAUCGUUCGUAGCAUUUCCGAAAGUUUUUUUUGGAUGCGAAAGCUUUACUGCUGUACUUGUUGUGAAUAAGAUUAAUGUGUAACAAUCAAACUUAUUGCUACACUGUGCUGAAUUACCAUAAGAUUGUUCCCGGUGACAA